CCGCGCUUCAUCCACAGUCGUUGCUUCUCGGCAGGCCAUCAAUGUCUUUGAGUCGCACUUCGCCACUUGGCGAGGGAUUAGGCUUGAGCUCCAAGUGCAGAGCAGCCCAAGCGUGCUCAGAGCCCCUGUUCGUCCCCGGCAUCACCUGCGCGAGAACAUCUCGCGGGCAGCGGCGUCCGUGCGAGGGCCGUGGACAUUGCCGCAUCCGCCUGGAUGCACGUGCACCGCAAGGCCGCUGAGCGGCAGCCAAUUUGCGUUCUGAGCGCCGCUCGAAGCCUUGCUAUCGCACCGCUCGCACGGCCAGCCCGAUCAUAUCGCAGCACGCAGUGUGCCGCUCGCAGCAUGCAGCAUGCAGGGCACAGCUCCCAUCACGGCCGACGCAGGGUGUCGCACGGCAUGCAGCAGCACCGACGCUCCGGUCCAGCGUCGCCACAGCGCUGUUCACUGCACAGAGAUUGCCGCGCGAAAGCCGAAGUUCCCGCCGGCUGCGCCGAAACGGUCCCGCAGGGUGCGAGAGCGAGAAGCUGCGAGCCGCGCCCGCUCGCGCACGACCUUAUCGUUGUCCAGCGGGAGCAGCAGCCGCGGCACAACUGCUGGCGGUGCGAGGCAUCGCUCUCUCUUCGGCGUCCAUUCGCAUGUCACGUGCGGCGCCUCACACUCCGCCCACCCAGGCAGCUUACCGACCCGUCUGCGCAGGGCAUUGAUGCGCCCUUGGCCUGCGGGCAAGCGUCCGAGCGCCGACCGCGCGAUGCGUCCGCCACCAUGCAUCGGGGCUGGGAUGCGGGCGUGCGGCCGCGCGACGCGAGGCGACGCGGGUCACACGACCUGCGCUCUCGCGUCUGCGGGCGAAGGGCCAGCCAUCCACCUCGACGCCGCCGCAGCCCGCACACAGCAAGAUGGAGCACUGCAGUCGCCGAGGUCUGGCGUGGGACCCGCACUCUGCAGCGCUGCACGGCAGCAUGAGAUGGGCUGACGAAGCGUGAAGCGAGCAUUGGCUGCGAGCUUCCCUCCGCAGCAGAGCAGCGCAGCGCAGCU